AUGGCGGCGCGAAAAGGCGGGAUCAUUCUCACUAGUCUCAGCGACUGUUUGAUAUUUCUGCAUUGGUUGAACACCGAGGGGAAGGGAAAGGAUAUGCAAUCACAUGUUGCCAGCAGAUUGCGUGAAAAACUUGCAAAAUAUUAUAAUAAUCUCGAUCAAAGUAAAAUCGCAUCAUCAUUGUCUACCUUCCUGGGCCACGUGGAUACAUUUUAUAAAAAAUUGGUUUAUGAUUACGUCCCUGAACAGCAGUUUCUAUCCGGAGCCUCAAUGUCCCGCGAUGCGGAAAUCAGAGACGCAGAUAUACUUGUCAAAGCUUUGUUGGAGUGCAUCCCCAAGUUCCUCUCUGCAAUUUAUUAUUUGCGGUAUUGCGUGGCUUAUACGUUCGUGCCACUCGGAGGAGGGGGGUGGAAGGAAAACUGGCCUGGGUACGAAGUGGCAUGGUGGAAACAUUUUGGGUAUGAUUAUGGAGGUGAUCUUAAUAAGUAUCUUUUUUCGAAUAAAUCACAUGAGUACGGUGGCAUUUUACCCGGCGGCUUCACUAGACGAGAAAUAAAAUACGGUCAUAAUUGGGGCGGUUACUCCCGUGGUUAUUCCAUGGUAACGGACCUUAAAGCCAUUUUUGGAAAACAUGAUGACCAAUUUUUCCGUGAUGUAUUCGCCACUUCAGUGUUAUCUGAAAGUUCAGGCGCAGAUAAACCAAACACGGCGAAUGCUCUUGCAUUGGUAAACAGGUUUUGCGAGAUUGUGACUGAUGAGGCAAAGAAGAAUAAUGGCGGAGCGUUAAAAGAAAAAUUGGAAGAGAGCAUUAAGGGAAGCAGGAAUUGUACCAUAGAUUGGGAAUCUUUAAAGCGUCAUUGUGAACAUCUUCAAGAACAAUUCGGCAGAAUUUUCAAGAACGAAGGCUUUGCCUUCACCGGCUAUGGAAGGGGUAUUGGAGAGCUGAAAAAACAAGAUUUUGCGAAGGCUACAGCGCAGUGGUUGAGACAUAAUAUGGAACAGGUCAUUAAAAAUAUGACGGGAAUCAAGCCUUUUAGUAAUGCUUAUGAUCUUUUCGAUAUGACCAGAUAUACAAAUGGCGCCUCCAAGCUUAUGGAGUAUUACGCAGACCUGGGACCACAUUUCACAUACAAUCUCUUUCCAUACGGAUUCACGUUUGAGAGCAUCAGCUUUGGACAGAUGGCUGCACCGUAUGAGGGUUUGAAACACGACUGGGAAAGUGUAAUCAAGACGCUUACUGGCAGCGAUGAAAAUGGUGGGCUAAAAAAACUUAAAACGAUUUUGGAUGGUGAGAAAUGUACUCCAGCUCCGCCUCCAAAACCACGACCUAGGCCGGCGCCUGCGCCUAGGCCCCCGAGACCUGCCAGACCUGCGCCACCACCCAAGCCCACAACAGGUAACUCAUCCGGAGCUCAAGGUUUCAGAGGAGCCGGAGGGAAUCGAAAUAGCGGAAAUGGCGGCCAGAUGGAGUCUGGUGCGAGACGGGUAAAAGGAAGUGGAGGGGCAGGGUAUCGCAGGGGAAGUGGCGCCCAACGUAGCGCCACUCAAGUGAAAUCAGUGGCUCAGAGUCGUACAGCUUCCAGGCUUUCCCAUGUUCAAGCUUCAUCAGCUCAAAAAGCUGCUCAACCUCAAAAUGCUGAUAACUCUUCCAGUCAACAAGUGGCGGGACCUCAACAGCUCGUAGAAAUUAAAGCGCCUCCAGCGCCAAGUGUUUCAGUGAGUCGAAAUCAUGCUACAUCGUCGACAACAACAGUUCAAGAGCCUGACAUUCCAUCUGUCAGUCCCCAAGAAAAACCAGGCCAUAUCGCCUCAUCUCAUACUCCCGCUACUCCUGGGCGCAGCGGCACCUCCGGUGAUUCAAAUGACCAGGCGCGUAGUUCAAAUCCUUUUGUUCAACCAGGUGUGUCGGUGUCUUCUUCUGUAUCGAACCCCCCGAAUGGUCAAACCUUGCCGACCGAUAGAGUUGUCUCGAGUGCCGCUGCUAUACAUCCCACAACUCAUCGAGCUGCUUCGGAUGGCGGUGAUGGCAUAGGAGGGAAUGGUACGGCAGGGGAGAUGGGUAGUACUGGGGGAUCAGAUUCUACAGGUAGUUCUACGUCCCUACCGCACCCUCCUCCCCCAGCACAGCUAGAACCCUUACCUGCUAGCCACGAUGUUACUGCAGUUCCUGAACUACCCAAGGAAGUGGUUCCGGAGAAGAAAGUUCCCGUUAUUAGAGUGCCAGAGCCUAUUACGCCUAAAAUAGCUGAAGGAACUAAUAAACUUGAGGGUACACCCAUCCACGGCGGCAAACUGGGAGUAAAUCCGAUGCAGGACAAUAAUCAAAAUACGGAAAAGUCUCCAAGUCCGGUAGUUGUAACGUCUGUUCAAGUUGUGUCUCCUGGUAGCGAUCAUCAGAACCCGCAAGGGUCUGAAGCUGAUCAAAGCCCUCAUGCAGUUGGUGGUAACGAUUCUGUUGCAUCUUCUGACUCAUCAGUUCAAGAUCCUGUUCUGACGCAACAGCAUGUUACUCAAUCGACGUAUAUGUCUCAAUCCCCGAGCUCUCCCUCCAGUGCUGCAACACCUGAAGUAACUGGCACGCAAGGUGACCUCGGCGCGGAUAUAUCAGCAGUGGUUCAGCCGGCUUUACAGACUGUUGCACCUCCAGAUGCCGUAGACACUCCGACGUUGACUGUUGAACCUCAAGUUCAGCCAGCGCAUUCGCCGACAGCUUCUUCCCGCAGUUCUGCAGCCCCUGCACCCCCUGUUCCUCUAGGUGAUCCGGGUGGGAGUUCACAGGGUGAUGCUUCUUCAGGUCGACAGCCUGCUGUCUCUACAGACACUCUUGUCACUCAAUCCCCAAGUGUAACAGAUUCAGUAUUUCAGCCUUCGAGUGUCCUUGCUCCCUCUGGUUCCUCUAGUCCGGAUAGUAAUCAGGGGUCUUCUCAACACGGUCAACAAAAUGGAUUAAGUUCUACGACCACAUCAGACACCGGCACAACCAUGAAAUUACCUGGCCAGGGCGUUGAUCCUGGAAGUGGGGAGGCGGCAGGAAGUACGGAUGGCAAACCACAGGACAGUUUAAAUUCUCAACUUCCUACGCAAUUGCACAAUCCAAGUGAUGCACUCUCAACCUCUACAUCAUCCGUUGGUGAUAGUUCACCGCUUAGUCCGGCCCUUACACUCCAAUCGUCGCCUCAAGGAAAUUCAAAUGAUCAAAGUGCAGGUACAAGCGACGAAAGCACUACAACGGUUUCACAAUAUGAUGCUUCAGAUCCAGCGGGUGGAGCUGAUGCUGCAGGAAAACAAGCUCAACAAAGUGUUGACAAUAAUGAUAAUGCGUCGCAAGGCCAGCCAGGUCCGACGCUGUCUGUUCCUACGCCACCUCCCCCCAGUGCUCCAGAACCCACCACUGCUGAUACGCCAAGUGACAGCGAUACCGGUUCAAAAAACAAUAGUACCCUAACUCAAGAGCCUGCUUUACCUCAAGGUUCAGGUGUUCAACCUCCAGGGUCCUCGUCAUCUGAAAUCUCUGAUACUGAUAGUGAUCCAGUCGCACCGGGGUCCAACGGUGAUCAAGGGAGUCCCGGCGCAGGGACUCUGCAGCCAUCGCCACAGCCAGGUCACUCAGAUCCACAGGGUGUUAAACAAGAACCCACACAAGCGACUUCCUCCCCAGACUCCGCUACCAGCCCUACUACAAUCCCUGCCCCAAGUUCUCAGCCAGGUAAGGCAGAUGGCGGGGAUCAGGGUUUACAGGACAAUUCGAGUCGAGCUCAAUCGGAUGUUAUCUCUCAAGCCGCUGCGAUCAGUCAACAUUCAGGUGUAUCAGGUUCAGUACCUUCUCCAACUGGCUCGCUUGGUUCUGAUCCGAUUCAGCUACCUAAUGCCCAGUUGGUUUCGAAAGAUAAUCAACAAAGUGCUCAAGGCUCACAGCAGGGUUCAAGCGCUACAAAGAUGCCUGCGACCACUGUACAGUCUUCUGAUUCAGAUGGAAGUGUACCUGGAGGGGUUGGGACGAGUUCAAUAGUUCAGCCGCCGGAUCCGAACAUAGAAAUUUCAUUCGAAGUUGGGAAGUUCGAUGAUACUUUAAGCGACGCAAAUUCCAAUGCACUACAGGAUCAGGCAACCAACAAAGCUCCGAAUGUCAUCUUCGAUAUAAUUAAGCCGACUUUUGCAAAUUAUGGCGAAGAUUCUCCGGCAACUCCAUCAUUGACCCCACCCGUCGGUCUUCAUCGAGACUACGAUGCAAUUAAUGAUGUGUCGGAUGAAACAAAGGAAACGCGAUCUAAUACGGAAGACAGUGUGGAUCUAUUCAUAGAUGUGCUGAAGCAUCCCCCGUCCCAGCCUUUAGCGGAGUAUGAUCCUGAAUAUAUCCAUGCUGCGCCGAAAUUAGGGCGCCCUAAAGUUGACGAUUUAGAUGAUCUUGCGCUGAAGGAUGCUGAGGGUGCAAAAAUGUAUACCCCCCUGGCCGUGUUUCCCGGGCAAUCCCCGUUUGAUGACAACCCAAACGUCUGCCAAGCUCCCUGGUACGUCCCCGAGCAUUCCAAAAAUCUCAUCCCUCCGAUCGUAACCCCUCCCCCAGUCACCGAUCAUCUGCAUUCUCCCAAAACGGUCCGAGAAAUGCUCUAUUGGCUGGUCGGCGUUGUCGAAUUAGGGUACAUUGGUUUUAUUCGGAAGCAUGUUGAUGUAGUUUUGGAUGAUGUUAAUACGGACUCCUUCCUGCCUACUAAUGUGCUCUUAGUCACCAGGAAUCUUACAACCGUCACCUCACACGAGAUCUCCCAAACCCUCACCGCGGCGUGUCACUAUGCGGCUAAAGUUCUACACAGGCUUAAACAUAGAGACGUUUCGAACGAGACUUCAAUUCCCGAGUUCAAUGCAGAGUAUCGCAAUUAUUAUUACUCCUCUGACCCCGACGGGCUUCUCUGCCAGCUGCGUGACUAUGUCUACGCCGCGCACCACCAGUUGAUGUUCCUAAGGUCGCAAUGUGGUCGCGAUAAAUUCCGUGGUGGGUGGAAGAGUUAUGAGUAUAGCAGUGGUAUCAAGGAGCAAUCUCCCCUCCAGGCGUUCCUGACCGACAGCUGGGACUCCACCUUCCACACCCACUUUUUCGACCCAUGUAACAUCUGCCUCAAGAGCCGCAUCAAGAUGGGAUUUAAAGACAAGGAUUUGCCUAAUAUAUCGCAAAAGGGCAGUGUCAUUUCCUCCAUCCUGUCUGCCACCUGCAGCGUCGAUGAAGACCCCUUGCUGACACUGUGCUCCUACCUCAACUGCCUUAGCAGACGGACACCUCGCACUACAGCAGAGCUGAUCUCGUUCUUUGAUCAUUUCGGGAGUGAGUUGCUCAGUGGUAGUGAUCAGACGUUGACGGACCUAGGAAAGGCCAUCACCGAGCCUCCAGCGCUCUACCCCAAUUGGGAUCAUUUCGAGGCUCACGACCUACGAGCGGUGCGGGAUAUACGGCGUCCCGAGUCUCCUGUCUCCAAACACGACAAUGACCACGCCGGGACGCUGUCGACACUGCUGGGCUGCGACAGUGUUACUUCCAACGGUCCUAAACUUCUGUCGCCAAUCACCUACCGGGCAUAUGCCCUGUACUCCCCGGCCUUCGCCCAGACAUACCUCAGCUGGACGGUCUACCUGGCCGAUGUACUCCGAGACUCACUGGAUCGGCUGCGAUAUGAUUUCAAGACGCAUACAUGUUCCGGGAAUAAAUCAUUCAACCAGUGUGACAUGGCUAUGCCCCUCCUCUACCUACACGGGCUCACGCCAUCGGAGGGCAUAUCGCAGUCAUCACUGACAUGUUCACAGGUCAUCACAAAGCUGGAAGAAGUGGUCAACGGCGGGCCGAUCGGAAAGCUUAUAACCUGCAUGGACGAGUUCCUCUACAGGGUACGUGGGCCAUUCAUCUACUUGGUCAUCGCACUGUGGUCCGCCGCAUUCCUCAUCUUCGCCAAAACGAUGAUCUACCGCUUGGACGUGCUCCACAUCCGCUCACACCUUAUCCGCUCCACGGCUUCACACCGCAUCGACGUAAAGGCCUUACUCACGAAGGGACGCAAGAUGCUCUCACUGUACGGCGUCGACUACUUCGACGAUGACCCGAUGCUCUCAUAG